UGAUUUUUAAAAUUUCAUGGGUGGGAGAGGGAGAGAGAUUGGACCUCUUAAAUCGUUUUUAUGUCCGUAUGAGAACAUAACCGAUUAGAACUUCUGAUAAUACGUGAUGUGUGAUGUAUAAGCUGAAUGAUUAUGCAACGCGUGAUAAAAUGUAAAAUGACUAUCCUUGCUGCAGAAAUGAAUCUGUUGUUAGUAGACAGUUGUUUCUUACCAUCGUACCAUUCAUUUGCCUCUAAAUCUGACUUAGUGUAUACUCUUACUAAUUUGCAGUGCUAUAUUUAUAACUGAUUAUCCAGUAACUAUACUUUGUCUUUCAGUAAUUCUCAUUAAGAGGGAAGUGCUUUUAUUGACCGGAAUCAGUGUAUUAUCACUGAAAGUUAGUGCAUUACUGAUUUCGAUUUAAAUAUCAUCAGUACUACUACACGAAAGAUAAACGUUUAAUACACAUUUGACAAAAUAUGGCAGCGCAGACUAUGAUUUUGAAUAACGGCAUGAAAAUUCCCGUACUCGGACUUGGUACCUGGCAGGCAGGCGACGAUCCAAAGAUCGUUGAACGGGCUGUGUACGAUGCUGUUGAUGCUGGAUAUCGGCAUUUCGAUUGCGCUUAUUUAUAUCAGAAUGAAAGGGAAAUCGGCAAAGUCUUACGCGAGAAGAUCGCGAAAGGGAUCGUGAAAAGAGAAGAUCUCUUCAUUACUACCAAGUUGUGGAACACAUUCCAUAAACGAGACGCCGUGGUGCCGGCUUGCCGAAGAUCCUUGGAGAACUUUGGGCUUGACUACGUGGAUUUGUAUCUGAUACAUUGGCCCCUAUCUUUUGCGGAAAAUGCCGAAGGAAUAAUACCAAUGGACAAGAACGGCGACCCGAUGUUCGGUCAUGAGGAUUUCCUGGAUACGUGGCGCGGCAUGGAGGAAUGCGUGAGAUUGGGUUUGACGAAGAGUAUUGGCCUCAGCAAUUUCAAUUCCGAACAGAUCGAUCGCGUGCUGUCGAUCGCCCAAAUAAAGCCGGUAAUGAAUCAGGUGGAGUGCCAUCCGUAUCUGAAUCAGAGAAAAUUGAGAGACUUUUGUGCGAGCCGUGACAUAGCUAUUACAGCUUACAGCCCAUUCGGUUCGCCUCUACGAACUUGGGCUAAACCCGGCGAUCCGAAAGUUGUCCUCGAUGCGUCGGAAAUUGUAAAUAUCGGAGCCAAGUACGACAAAACUCCUGGUCAAGUUAUUUUGAGAUAUUUGGUUGAUAUUGGUACCAUACCAAUCCCAAAAUCCAGUUCGAAGAAGCGUAUCGAAGAAAACAUUAACAUCUUUGAUUUCAAGUUAACUCCGGAGGAAAUUGCUGCAAUCGACAAACUCGAUUGCGGUAUGCGUAUGGUGCAUUUUGAAGAAUAUUUUCCAGCUUCUCAGAAGUCAAACAGUUUCCCAACUGUGCGAAAUACAUGUAACUAUAGCUUAAGACAUACUCAUACAUAUUCUAUUGAUUUUCUCACGAAUACAUUGUACAACUUUCUCCUUCUCUCUCUCAUUCACUCACUCACUCGCUCGCUCACUCAUAAUAUUUAUAUACUUGGCAUGACACGCAAUAUCUUGGUGUUCCUACAUUGUACGUGUAAAUUCAGUCGCUAUUUAUUGGCCUCGACAACGCUAUCUUCUGGCGACGAGUGUUCCGAGAUAGAAGCCAAUCAGUCAGAGAGUUCACUCACUGAUCACUUUCUGCGACGACCUUCCGUCUGUCCGUCACGUACUACCUGCUGUAAUUACACCUGUAUCUGUGUUUGCGAGAUAACAAUGGAUAGCAUUCCGACAAUUACAUUCUCGAAUGGCUUUAAAAUGCCGAUGUUGGGCCUCGGAACUUACAAGUCCCAGAUGGGGAAUGUGAAGAGGGCCGUUAAGGACGCAAUAGAGCUUGGAUAUCGUCAUAUCGACACAGCAUUAUUUUAUGAUAACGAGAAAGAGAUCGGGGAAGCCGUUCGCGAAUUAAUCAAAGAUGGCAAAGUCACUAGGGAAGACCUAUUUAUUACUACAAAGCUAUGGAAUACUUCCCACAAAGAAGAGCUCGUUGUCCCGGCCUGUAAAAAGUCACUGGCCAAUUUGGGUUUAGAUUAUAUUGAUCUCUAUUUAGUUCACUGGCCAUUCGCUUUCAAGGAGGGGGAUGAUUUGCUGCCUCUAGAUGCUGCCGGAAAUUUUCUCGAAUCGGAUGUUGAUUACGUGGAAACUUGGAGAGGAAUGGAAGAAUGCGUACGCCAAGGUUUAACACGCAGCAUCGGAAUCAGUAACUUCAAUUCCGAGCAAAUUACUCGUUUACUUAAAUCGGCUACAAUCGCGCCAGUCAAUAAUCAGGUUGAAGUUAAUAUAAAUGUAAACCAGGAGAAAUUAGUAGAUUUUUGCAAGAAGCAUCACAUUACGGUAACUGCUUAUUGUCCUUUGGGACAACCUGGAAAUUUGUCCGGCAUCGACAAUCAAUUAGACAAUCCCUUAAUAUUGCAAAUUGCAAAAAAAUACAAGAAGACGCCGGCGCAAAUAGCACUUCGAUACGUGUAUCAGACUGGAACUGCGCCGAUACCCAAGUCUGUAACUAAAAGUCGAAUUAAGGAAAACAUGGAAAUUUUUGAUUUCACCUUAACAUCCGAUGAGAUGAGCUCUAUCCGUAAACUCGGCACUGGAGCCAGAGUAGCAGGCUUCGUCGAUAUCAAGCAUUUCAAAUACUAUCCCUUCAACAUUCCGUUUUAAGUACAUGUUAAUACAACGGGGAGAGGAAGAAAGAGAAAAGAUAAUUUUACAUCUAUGAAAAAUAAAAGAAAAAGCGUUCAACAAAUCUGUACACAUAUACAAUAUUUUAAUAGAUUUUUGUUAUUUGUAAAAAAAAA